UCCGGGCCCCCAGCGGAAGUAGCGGGGGCGGUGCCAUGGCCGAAGGUCUUCUCCGCGGGGAGAAUCCGGAUUCGAGGUCUCUCCGCGGGGCGGGAGUGAGGUUUUGGGAGUUUUUUUUUUUUUUUCCCCGCGGUGGCUCCCAAAUUCUGCUUCUGAGGCUGCGCCCGGCUGGGGGCUCGGCGCGCCCGGCCCCACCCUUUAGGGGAACCUAAGAACUGCUGACUGGGGCGCCCAGCGCGCGGUGGACUAGGCUCACGCGGGUCGCCGCCGCCCCUCGCGGCUGGGCGGCCCGGCUCAUCCGCAGGGUGCUGGCGGCCCCACUCUCCGCGUCCCUGAGCCUCUUCUUCGUCUCCUUCGCGCGCCCAAGGCGGCGCGAGGGCCUCAGUUCCCGAAAGGGACGCCCCCUCGGGUUCAUGAGACGGACUCGGGCCACCCGGACGUAGUAGCUCCGUUUUCCCCGAAAAACGCCGUGUCUCGCGUCCUUGGCGACGGUGACCGACCGCCUCCGGCUCGGACAGCCGUCGUGGUUGUUUUUAAAGACACCCCCGUUUCGCGGACACCGAACCCUGAGGAACCGUAAGGUUUCUCAGUCAGUUCUUGAGAGGGACUUUUUUUUCUUGCCUAAAGCGGCUUACUGACUGUUCCGUUGUAAUUAAGCCUUUCUGUGCGUGAGAGCCCGGCCGCUGGAUGUCAGCCCCCUGAAGGCUGGGGUCUGUGUCUUGUUCUUUGUGACCUCUUCUCCUGUAGUGGAGUAGGGCUUUGUGUAGGCUCAGCAUCUCGUAAAUGUUUGCCGAAUUGAAAUGUUAAGUGAAACAACUAUUCUAGAACCACUAACUGAGCAUCUUAAAAAAAAAAAAAACCUGUUCUAGAACCCCCAACGGGAAUGUUGUUGUUGUUUUCCUUUCCUGCGAAGUAUCCGAUGCUGCUUCAGGCUUGAACCCAGCCUGAGGGACCACCUCUGAGAGGACCCUGCCUGUGUGUGUGGUAUCCGCUUGAAUUCCUCAGGUUGUUGAGGAAUGGAGAAUCUCCAGCAGUGUUAAAUGUUCAAUAUAUGACCAUCCACGUCGGAGAUGGCUGCUUUGCAAAGGAGAGGGCUGCAGACAAGGAUUCUCAGCUCUGAAGAAGAGGAGAAACUGAAGAGAGACCAAGCUUUAGUGUCUGAUUUUAAACAGCAGAAACUGGAAAAAGAGGCUCAGAAGAACUGGGACCUUUUUUACAAAAGAAACAGCACUAAUUUCUUCAAAGAUAGACACUGGACUACCAGAGAGUUUGAGGAGCUCAGAUCAUGUAGAGAGUUUGAAGAUCAAAAAUUGACUAUUCUUGAAGCUGGCUGUGGGGUUGGGAACUGUUUAUUCCCACUUUUAGAAGAAGAUCCAGAUAUCUUUGCCUAUGCCUGUGAUUUUUCUCCGAGAGCUGUUGAAUAUGUCAAGCAAAAUCCUCUUUAUGACACAGAAAGAUGCAGGGUGUUCCAGUGUGAUCUGACCAAAGAUGACCUUCUGGAGCAUGUGCCCCCAGAGUCUGUGGAUGUUGUCAUGUUGAUAUUUGUGCUCUCUGCAGUUCACCCUGAUAAGAUGCACCUUGUCUUACAAAACAUUUACAAGCCCCCAAUAGAAUUCCUUUUUCAGCUGACCUGGAAUGAGUUCACAGCAGCAGUGUGAGGCCGCCAUACACGGUGACUGGUUCGUUAAUUGGAUAUCAUGUGCUUCAUCAGGAAGUUAGCGGAAGAAGCAAUCUCUCAGCCUCUGACAGUCAGACACCCUUUGGGCAGCUCUCCAGUUUGAACAACCACAGAAACAUGCUGUUCAUGGUAGAGCUAAUUACUGUAGGAUGGUAACACUGGAGAAAUUCUAAAACCACUUAAUUUUAAACUGAAUGGGAACCUUAAAGUUGGGUUCCCUCAUUUUUGGAAUGAAACGGUAAAGUAAAAAUCAACUAAAUUUGUUAUUGGAAGACAAGAUUUUGGUCUUCCCUGUGCCACUAACUUGCCUUGAAAGCCCAGGCAAAUCACUUGUGCUCUGAGCCUCACUCACCAAGAGAGGAUCUGACUGAUGUCACCCGCCAUCUUUGUGGAGCUGCUGGGAGGACGAGAAAACCCAGCAGAGGCACGGUCCUGCCUCAGAAGAGGUGUUAGUGCCGUAAUUUCUGUCUUAUGGACGAGAAAGCACAUUCAGAGGAUUAAACAACUUGUCUAGGGUCAUUCAGCCAGUUAACGGAAGAGCUGGCCCAUGGAUCAGGAGUUCCCAGAUUCCUGAGCGACAGUCCCAUGCAGCCUUCCCUUCCUUCUGAAAAUAAGUGAGUCUCAUACAAAUUAAAAUUUUCAGAUUGUUUUCUUCUUGGUCACAUUUCUGACCAAAGUAAGAAUGUUUUUAUCCAGUCAGUCAGUUCAGUCGCUCAGUUGUGUCCGACUCUUUGUGACCCCAUGAAUCGCAGCACGAGGCUCUUUAUUGACAGUAUUUUAAAUGCAUGCUAGUGUUUGCCGGGGUCCAGCCCCAGCAGGAUCCAGGGGUACCCUCAGGAUGACGGCGUUGGCUAUAAGGAAAGUAAAAGGGGAGAGAAAGAGGCUUGAUCUUCCUUGGUUUACACAGAAAGCCAAUAAAGCUCCUGGCACGGAACUUGCUCUGUUCACAGAGGUUGCAGGCGCCCUCUUGGUGGGGUGAGGACGCAGGACGCCCCCUCCCCGGUAAAGACGCAGGGUGCCUUCCCUAUCGGGUCUUAGAAACCUAGGCAAAAAAGUGAAUUCAGAGAGCCCCUGUGCCCCAAGGAGUCAUCCUGAAAGAAGAACAGAGAGAGAAAGAUAGAAAAGGAAAGAAAGAAUGACACGGGGAGACCAAGCUUCGGUGAGCAAGGCCCAUAACUUUAUUUUCAAAAGGAACUUUUAUACCU